GCUCAGCAGGCCUUUCCCUCCCGCCCUGCGAGGAAGGCCCGCCGCCGCCGCCAUGGUGCUGGAGUCGGUGGUGGCCGACCUGCUCAACCGCUUCCUGGGCAGCUACGUGGAGAACCUGAACAGGUCCCAGCUGAAGCUGGGCAUCUGGGCGGGCAAUGUGGCACUGGAUAACCUACUAAUCAAGGAGAAUGCUCUGAGUGAAUUGGAUGUACCGUUUAGAGUAAAGGCUGGCCAGAUAGAUAAGCUUACUCUGAAGAUUCCUUGGAAGAAUUUGUACGGUGAAGCAGUAGUCGCAUCCCUGGAAGGCUUAUAUCUCCUUGUUGUCCCUGGAGCAAGCAUUAAAUAUGAUGCAGAAAAAGAAGAAAAAUACCUACAAGAUAAUAAGCAAAAGGAAUUAUCAAGAAUUGAAGAAGCCUUACGAAAGUCAGCAGAAAAAGGAGCUCAUCCAGAUUUCAUACGUGGCCUGGAGAAUAUUGUAGCUAAGGAUCUCAGAGGACCUAAGUCUAAAAAGACUAAAAAACAUUUUAAGAAACCAUUUAAAGCCCGUGAGCACUCGAAAGAUAAACCAAAGAAAGAGAAGAAAGAUACUUUUUUGGAAAAGCUCGCAACCCAAGUCGUCAAAAAUCUACAAGUCAAAAUCACUGGCAUCCAUGUAAAGUAUGAAGAUGAUAUCACCGAUCCUAACCGACCAAUUUCUUUAGGAAUGACUCUGGCAGAGCUCAGCUUGCAGACUACUAAUGAAAACUGGACUCCUUGUAUUUUAAACGAGACUGCGAAGAUCAUUUACAAGCUUUUGUGCCUUGAUUCCCUCAGCGCCUACUGGAAUGUGGAUGGCGAAAUGUAUUACCAUUCUUCCCGGGAGCAAAUCUUGGAGCAGUUGAAAAAAGGAGUCCCUUCUAUGAACCGAGAGCCUCCUGACUAUCAGUACAUAUUUAAGCCUGUAUUGGCUUCUGCAAAACUCUACAUUAAUCCUCAUGCUGAAGUAGAACUAAAAACUCCCAAGGUUGACUGGAGCAUGGAAGUCCAGAGCAUCGCUGUCGAACUGACCAAGCCUCAGUACCUCAGUAUGAUGGAUCUCUUGGAAUCCAUUGACUACAUGGUUCGAAAUGCCCCAUACAGAAAAUACAGACCUGAAGUGCCUCUGCGUGGGAAUGCCGGACAGUGGUGGAAGUAUGCAGGAAACUGCAUUCUCGACCUUCACAUCAAGCGAUACUCACAGAUGUGGUCAUGGAAUAACAUAAAGCGCCACAGGCAACUUCUAAAAAGUUACAAGAAUGUGUACAAAGUUAAACUGACACAAACCAAAUUGCCAGAAGAACAUCAGAAACAAAUCCAGGACUUCGAGAAAGCUCUAGAUGUUUUCAGCAUUGUUUUAGCAAGGCAACAAGCACAAACUGAGGUCGUCAGGUCAGGACAGAAACUGUCAAAGAAAUCUGAUGGGGAGAGAAAAAGUGGAUGGUUUUCUGGCUUGUGGGGAAAGAAGGAAUCCAAGAAGAAAGAAGAGGAAGAAAAAGAGUCAGUUCCUGAAACUAUUGAUGACCUCAUGACCCCUGAAGAGAAGGCCAAGCUUUUCACUGCCAUUGGGUAUAGUGACAGUACUCACAAUCUGACUUUACCCAAAAAGUAUGUGGCCCACGUGAUGUCCCUGAAACUCCUAAGCACGUCCUUUACUAUUAAAGAGGACGGAAAUGUUCCAGACACUCUUAAAAUUCAAAUCAUUGAUUUAAGUACUGAAGUCUCACAAAGGCCAGGCGCACAAGCUUUUAAGGUAGAGGCAAAACUUCAGCACUGGUAUGUGACGGGCUUGAGGCAACGGAACGUUGUGCCUUCUCUCGUGGCUUCCAUUGGUGAUGCUGAGUCAUCCCUGCUUGAAAUAAAAUUUGAGACAAAUCCAGAGGAUAGUGUGGCUGAUCAGAGCCUCUUCGUUCAGUCGCAGCCUGUAGAAAUGAUCUACGAUGCAAGAACAAUCAACGCACUGGUGGAAUUCUUCCAGACAAGCCGAGGCAUGGACCUUGAACGCUUAACCACGGCUACUUUGUCGAAGCUAGAAGAAAUUAAAGAGAGGACAGCCACAGGGCUUAUGCAUAUUAUCGAAACGCGAAAAGUCCUUGACCUCAGGAUUAACUUGAAGCCUUCCUAUCUGCUGAUCCCGCAAACUGGCUUCCACCAUGAAAAGUCAAACUUACUUAUUUUGGACCUAGGUACUUUCCAGCUGAAGAGCAUCGGUCAAGGUCACCACCACCCUUCGAGCAGUUCCUUGGAAGAGAUCAUGGAUAAAGCGUAUGACAAGUUUGACAUAGAAAUCAAGAACGUACAGCUGCUGUUUGGCAGAUCAGGAGAAGACUGGACAAAGGCUCGGUUUGAGCCUGCCUCGCUGCUGCACGUACUGCGUCCCAUGGACAUGUGUGUACGAGUUGCCAAGUCGAUGGUGGAGAAGGAUAUCAGGAUGGCAAAGUUUAAAGUGUCCGGGGAGCUUCCUUUGGCUCAUCUGAGAAUGUCUGAUCAGAAGAUCAAAGGUGUUUUUGAACUUAUUGAUAGUAUUCCCCUUCCACAGAAAUCAGCUGUUUCAGCUUCAGGUGCAAAGGCUCCUGCCAUUCCUGUGGUUUCUGAUAGAGGGAAAGAUAUCCUUGGUACAACAUUGUUUCUGGGAGAAUUAGGAUCAGAAUCUGAGGAUGAAUAUUUUGAUACUGAUGAGUAUCUCCAAUCGCCAAAGAAAGCAGCUUCCCCUAAAGAGAGGCGGCUGAAGAAUAAGACUGGAAGUGUUCAGGAAGAGCUGACAGACCUGCAAUUAAAAUUUGAAAUCAAGGAGGUGAUUUUGGAGCUCACCAAGCAACUGCAGAGAGAAGAAACAAUACUAAUACUCAACGUAAAGCAGCUUGGGAUGGAAGCCAUUGCUAGAACAUACGACUUGAGAGCUGUGUCUUACUUGAGAAGGAUUAGCCUGAAUUACUAUGAAAUUCAAGGUAAACGACAGCAACUUCGUUUGAUUAGUUCAUUGGAGGAAUCUGGAUUAGAUCUUUUGAAAGUAGAAUAUAUCAAGGCCAGUAAAAACGGUCCAGAAUUUCAGACAGUUUUUGACAAUACUGAACAAAGAGUGGAGGUGGCUUUCUCCUCCCUCCAAGUGUUGCUUCACACCCAGGCUCUUCUCUCAGCACUCGGGUACCUCAUGGCGGUGGCCCCAGCAAGAGCCCAGCAGCCCCCGGCCCAGCAGAGACUGGAGGAAGCAGAGAAGAAGGAGUCGGCUGGGAAGGAAGUGGCAAAACUGAGCAAAGACAAGGAUGUGUUUAAUUUCAAACUUUUUGCCAAGAUGGAGGCCUUCUGUUUAAACGUUUGCGAUGAGAAGAACAAUAUUGCUGAAAUCAAAAUCCAAGGCCUUGACUCCUUUCUUUUUCUGCAGUCCAGUCAAACCAUUGCCUUUGCACGGCUGAAAGACAUAGUCGUGAUAGAUGUUGAUUCGAGGACAGUUCAUAAAAAGGCUGUUUCGAUCGUCGGCGAUGAGGUCUUCAGUUUCAACCUGGCAUUGUAUCCAGAGGCGACCAAGGGAGAAGCUUACACAGAUAUGUCCAGAGUGGAUGGAACCGUGGCUCUUAAAACGGGGUGCAUUCAGAUUAUCUAUCUGCACAAAUUCCUCAUGUCGCUCCUGAACUUCCUGAGCAACCUCCAAAGUGCCACCGAGGCCCUGAGCGCAGCCACGGUCCAGGCUGCUGAAAAGGCUGCCACCAGCGUGAGAGACUUUGCUCAGAGGAGUUUCCGCCUCUCCGUGGACAUCAACCUGAAGGCUCCGGUCAUCCUCAUCCCACAGUCCUCCGUGUCUCUGAACGCCGUGGUCGUUGAUCUCGGGCUGAUUAGAAUACGAAACCAAUUCAGUCUGGUGCCAGCAGAGGAUUGCCCGCUCCCUCCCAUCAUGGACAAAAUGGACGUACACCUAACACAGCUUAAGUUGUCGCGGACUGUCUUGCAGCGAGCGGGUUCGCAGCCAGAUAUUCAGAUUCUGCAUCCUAUUAAUCUGGACCUUUCCGUGAACCGCAACCUGGCCGGAAUGUGGUAUCACAAGAUACCCAUGGUGGAAGUCGGGGGGUAUCUCGAUACUAUCAGUAUUACCCUGAGUCAGGAGGACUUAAACGUUCUGCUUAAAGUUGUGACUGAAAACCUGGCCGAAGCAGACAGAUCGGUCUCUGGCGCAGAACCAGCCGCACAGAUCGAAGCGGGCAAGGCAAAAGAAACAGCGCCAUCAGCUGGAGCUCAGAAACCAAGCAUCUCAGAAGACGCCCCGAAGGAAGAUAGAACCAAUCUGCUGCUGAACUUUGAAAUAAACAAGGUUUUAGUAACGUUAACGAAACAAGUGGAAAAGCAAAGCUUUCCUUUAUACAGGCUAACGGUAUUAAAACUUGGAAGUGAAGGUAGAAUUAAAAUGCAUGAUAUGACUGUUACGGCAUAUCUUAAGAAAAUCCAGAUGAAAUGCCUUGAAUUCACUGAUUCCAAAGGAGAUCCGUUAAAUAUUAUUAGUUCUUCAGAUGAAUCUGGCAAGCAUCUUCUCAAGAUGGAAUAUGUUAAGGCCGAUAUAGACGGUCCUCACUUUGAAACAGUUUACAAUAAAACAAAGCAGUUGCUGAAUGUAUCCUUUUCAUCGUUAGACUUACUUUUGCACGCCGAUGCCUUGCUUUCUAUCAUGAACUUUUUCACGUAUGCCUCGAGUGGCCUUACACCGGCUGAUAAGGGGACUGAUGUAAAGGGACCGUUGGAGGAGCCCAAAACAGCUGUGGCAAAAUCAGCUGCUGCUACUGCAGCCGGUGGUGAUGUGUUUGACUUGAAGCUUGCUGCCCAGCUGAAUGCCUUUAACAUUUUGGUCUGUGACCAGAAAGCUAAUAUUGCAGAUAUCCGGAUACAAGGCAUGGAGGCCUGUGUGUUUACAACAAUGAAGCACACCGAAGUUUUUGCCAGGCUUCGGGAUUUCAUAAUAACAAAUGUUGAUCCGGAAACUGUUCAUAAAAAGACCGUCUCGAUAGUGGGAGAUGAAGUCUUCCGGUUCACGAUGUCCCUUUAUUCCGAUGCCACAGAGGGAGACGCUCAUGUGGAUGUGUCCAAGGCAGACGGUAAAAUGUCGCUGAAGGUGGGCUGCGUUCAGAUCGUUUAUGUGCAUAAAUUCUUCAUGUCGCUUCUGCAUUUCCUCAACCACUUCCAAACGGCAAAGGAGGCCCUGAGCGCCGCCACGGUUCAAGCUGCAGAAAAGGCCGCCUCCAGCAUGAAGGAUUUUGCUGAAAAGAGCUUUCGCCUCUCGAUGGACAUCAACCUGAAAGCUCCGGUGAUAGUGAUCCCUCAGUCUUCUGUGUCCAGCAAUGUCCUGAUAGCUGAUCUUGGCUUAAUCAGAGUUUGGAAUGAAUUCGCUCUGGUCUCUGGGGAAGAGGGUGCUCCUCCUCCGGUGAUUGACAAGAUGGAUAUACAGCUCACCCAGUUAAAGAUCUCCAGGACCACAGUAGGCAGCGGCCCUCAGCCAGACACUGAAAUUUUGCAGCCGGUCAAUCUGCAGUUGUCGGUCCAGAGGAAUUUAGCCUCAGCAUGGUAUCCACAGAUUCCAGGGAUUGCCGUCCAAGGAGACCUAAAGGCCAUGCUGAUCUCAAUCAGUCAAGACGACUUGACUUUGCUCAUGAAAAUUUUGCUAGAGAAUCUCAGUGAAGCUGCUGCUGAUCCCAGCAUUACGCAUUCAACCUUACCAGAAGCUCAGAAAUUUAAAAAGCACAAGCCUGAAACUGUGGCUGAUCUUGAUGAAGGAACUCCUGAGGUUUCUGGAGAGGAAGGACUUGGUGGUGCCCCGGCUAAGAAAAGUGUGGCUGUGAUGUUUCAUUUUAACUUUGAAUCUCUUUCCAUUGUUCUCUACAAUACUGAUAAGAACCAGAAAUCUCAGCUUCCGCUUCACAAUCGCCACUUACGUCUUGGAGAACUCCGGCUGCAUUUUAUGAGCUCAUCAGGACAGAUGUUUUCAGACGGCUCUAUAGAUAUCGGUACUAAGAUGGAAACAUGCACGCUGGAUGAUCUCAGAGAAGGGAUACAGAGAGCGACUUCCAGAAUGCUGGCUAAAAAGGAUGGUAAAGCUGGUAGUGUCAUGAUUGACAUCAGCUACAAGCAAGAUAAAAAUGGGAGUGAAAUUGUAUCUGUCUUGGAUCAACUGUAUCUGUGUGCCAGCAUGGAGUUCUUACUGACAGUGGCAGAUUUCUUCAUUAAAUCUGUGCCUGCAGCCUCUCCAGCAGAAAGAUCAACCCAGUUUCCAUUAAAGCAUGCUUCCCAGGGAAAGUCUAAGCCUGGAAAAGCUGCAGCUCUGCGGUCGAACAUGUCAGUGAUCGCACGGAUCCUGGAUCCAGAAAUUGUGUUCGUGGCCAACCUGACCAAGGCCGACGCUCCUGCCUUAGCGGCUUCAUUCCAGUGCCAUUUCAUGCUGUCGGGGGGCUCCGCGGCACAGCAGAUGACCGCUCAGGUCCUUGACCUCAAGGUGCUGGCCUGCCCGUUCCUCCAGGGGAAAGCAAAGAAGGACGUCACCACGGUGGUGCAACCAUGCUCUUUAGCUGUGGAAGCCAUGAUGAAUCCUUCGGGAGUGCAAAGCGUGGAUAUGAUCAUGGACACAUUGAUUGUGAAAGUUUCCCCAAUAAUUCUCAACACUGUAAUGACUAUCCUGGCUGCCAUGAAGCCACAGGCAAAGGAGGAAGAAUCUGGAGGGAUGGCUUGUCAUCCUGAGAACCUCUGGAGCGUCAAAUCAGUCGACCAGUGCCAGAACUGGUUCCUGGGCGUUGACAUGGCCACCGAAGUCACUGAAACCUUCCUGGCCAGUGAGCAGCGUGAAAAAAAGGAGUGCUUUGAGAUGGAGGUGAAAUUGGUUCAGAUCACCCUGGAGUGUGGCUUGGGACAUCGUACCGUUCCUUUAUUACUAGCAGAAUCUGCCUUUUCUGGAAACGUGAAAAAUUGGUCGUCUCUCAUGACAGCCAGAGCUGAUAUGACGCUGGAGGUGCAUUAUUACAAUGAAACUCAUGCUCUCUGGGAACCCCUCAUAGAGCAGGUGGACAGAGAAGGACGGCGGUGGAACUUACAGUUGGAAAUGAAGUCAAACCCUGAACAGGACAGAGCUCUGUUGCCAGGAGAUGACUUCAUUGUCCUACCUGAACCACAGCGGACGAUCAGUAUCUCGUCAAAAGACACCAUGAAUAUAACAAUAUCCAAAUGUUGCCUGACUGUCCUUAAUAAUCUAGCCAAGGGCUUUUCAGAAGGAGCUGCUGCUACUUACGACUAUGCUUUGAAAGACAGGGCUCCCUUUACCGUCAGGAACGCUUUGGGAAUCCCUCUCAGAGUUCAUGCGUGCAGGAGCCUCCAGGCUGUUGGAUUACCUAAAAGCGAUGACGUUCACGAUAUAGGAAUUGGUCAGAGCAUAGAACUGGAGUAUGCUGCCUCGGACUCACUGAACAAAGGAAAGCUAAGCGUCUUACAUCGCCAAGACAGUUCUCUGUUAACACUGAGCUUUGCACCUGAAGGACACAGCGAGGUGGCAGGGGUUCCCAUAGCAAAGCCAGGGAGAAGACUGCAUAGCGUAAGAGAGCCUCAGAGCAAUUCCUCCCAUACGGUCGUUGUGCAGAUCGACGCAGAAGAAGGAAACAAAGUGGUCACGCUGCGCUCCCCUCUCCAGAUUAAGAACCACUUCUCUGUCCCGUUUAUAAUCUACAAAUUUGUUAGGGACAUUAAACAGUUGCAGCCUGUAGGUGUGUCUAUGCCGGAAGAGGAAUUUCACAUUCCUUUAGAUUCGUAUAGAUGUCAGCUGUAUGUUCAGCCAGCGGGGGUCUUAAAAGACCAGUUUGAACCAUCCACAACCUACAUAUCUUGGCAAGAGGAGCUGCACAGGAGUAGUGAAGUUAAAUGUCUGCUGCAGUGCCCAGCCACCGAAGUCAAUUUCCUGCCACUGAUAUUGAAGGCCACUGCUGUGCCCGACGAGCUGAGCUUUAUUGCGACUCAGAAGGAGAACUGGGAGCCGGCCUACAUUAUUCAUUUCUAUCCCACGCUUACUGUGCGGAAUCUUCUACCGUACUCCUUGCGAUACCUGCUUGAGGGAACGGCGGAGGCCCAUGAGCUACAAGAAGGAAGCACUGCUGAUGUCCUCCAGUCAAGAAUCGAUGGGGAAAUCAUGGAGCUGGUCCUGAUAAAAUAUCAGGGCAAAAACUGGAAUGGGCACUUUCGUGUCCGCGACACGCUGCCAGAAUUUUUCCCAGUAUGCUUCACAUCACAUUCCGCAGACGUAGCAACAGUGGACAUAUAUAUUCACGUCAGGAAAGUCAGCACCCACCUGAUCCUCUCCGUGUAUAGUCCUUACUGGAUCAUCAAUAAGACUUCCCGUGUUCUCCAGUACCGCGCUGAGGAUGUUCACGUAAAACACCCAGCAGACUUUCGGGACACCAUUUUAUUCUCCUUCAAGAGAAAAAAUAUUUUCAGUAAAAACAAGAUCCAGCUGAGCAUCUCAACCAGCACAUGGUCAAACAGUUUCUCCCUGGAUACAGUAGGAAACUCUGGAUGUGUGAAGUGCCCAGCCAGCAACAUGGACUUUCUGGUUGGCGUUACUAUUAAAAUGAGCAGCUUCAAUCUCACCCGGAUAGUCACUUUGACUCCAUUCUAUACCGUCACGAACCUGUCUUCCUUGGAGCUGGAAUUCGGAGAAAUGGGAGCUGAUGGCUCAUUUCCUACUAACAAAUGGAAUUAUUUUGCACCCUCAGAGUGUCUUGCAUUUUGGCCUGAAAGUUCGUCUGGCAAGCUGUGUAUCAGAGUGAGCGGCUCCAAUCAGUUUUCCAAACCAUUCUUCUACAACCGACAGGACAACGGGACAUUGCUGAGCCUGGAAGAAUUGAACACCGGUAUCCUGGUGGACGUCAGUGUGGCUGAGCAUUCCACAGUUGCCACCUUCUCUGGUUAUUACGAGGGGGCUGCGCCUGCGCUGGUCAUUAAUCACACUUCAUGGGCGACUCUUAAAUACCAGCAGAGCGGCGUGGCGGCAGCGAUGGAACUAAAGCCGAGGGAAGUUAGAUUGUUCGUUUGGGCAGAUCCUACAGGGAUAAGAAAAUUAAGUUGGGAAUACGCACAGAACACUGGUGAACUCGAUCUUCUUAAGGAUGAAUGUGGGCAGUUUUCCUACAACGCCAACACCCCAAUCCACUGGGUCUCGUUCCUGGAUGGGCGGCAGAGGGUCCUGCUGUUUGCGGAGGACGUUGCUUUGGUGUCCAAAGCGAGGCAAGCAGAGGAGAUGGAGCAGCCUGACCAAGAAGUCAGCAUUGCGCUUCACGGCCUUGGGCUGUCGCUGGUCAACAACGAAAGGAAGCAGGAGAUCUCUUACGUAGGGAUCACCAGUUCAGGCAUUGUCUGGGAAUUAAAACCAAAGCAGAGGUGGAAGCCAUUUAAUCAGAAGGACAUCAGCCUCUUGGAACAAGCUUAUCAAAAGCACAUCUCGGCACAAAGCACAGAGACUUCUGGCUGGGUUAAAAUCAACAGCAGUUUUGAGGUAAACUUUGAUAAAGCGCCUAUGGAAAUGCGCCUUCCGUUGAAAUGCUUUAUCAAGCGAGACUUUCUGUCGGGCAUCCAGAUUGAAUUCAAACAGUCACAGCAUCAGAAGAGCUUACGGGCUCAGUUAUAUUGGCUCCAGGUGGAUAACCAACUCCCAGGCUCCAUGUUCCCUGUGGUGUUUCAUCCUGUGGCCCCUCCCAAAUCCAUCGCACUGGAUUCAGAACCAAAACCGUUCAUUGAUGUCAGUGUCAUCAUUCGAUUUAAUGAAUACAGUAAAGUGUUGCAGUUCAAAUACUUCAUGGUCCUUGUCCAGGAGAUGGCUCUGAAACUAGAUCAGGGAUUCCUAGGAGCUCUUAUUGAACUCUUCACUCCAUCUACAGACCCAGAAGCUGAAAAACAAAAGAUGAAGUUGAUACAAAAGGAUAUUGAUGCUCUUAACACAGAGUUGAUGGAGUCGUCCUUGACAGAUGCAUCCACGCUUAGUUUCUUUGAACAUUUCCACAUUUCUCCACUGAAGCUACAUCUCAGCCUUUCCUUGGGCUCUGCCACUGAAGCGUCUGAGUCGGGCAAAGGCGAGGUGAUAGCCAUCCAUUCCGUGAAUCUGCUCUUGAAGAGCAUCGGCGCCACCCUGACAGAUGUGGACGACCUGAUCUUCAAACUUGCUUUCUUCGAAAUCAAGUAUCAGUUUUACAAAAGAAAUGAAUUGCUGUGGAGAGUGAUUGGCCAUUACAAAGGGCAAUUCUUGAAGCAGAUGUACAUCCUUGUGCUGGGGCUGGAUGUCCUGGGAAACCCCUUCGGCCUAAUCAGGGGCCUUUCGGAAGGCGUGGAGGCCUUCUUCUACGAGCCCUUCCAGGGAGCUGUUCAAGGACCUGAAGAGUUUGCUGAAGGGUUUGUGAUUGGCAUGAGAAGCCUCCUUGGCCAUACUGUCGGCGGCGCAGCAGGCGUGGUGUCCCGCAUCACUGGCUCGGUUGGAAAAGGUUUGGCUGCCAUCACUAUGGAUAAGGAGUAUCAGCAGAAGAGAAGGGAGGAGAUGGGGCGUCAGCCGAAAGAUUUUGGGGACAGCCUUGCCAAAGGUGGAAAAGGCCUUCUGAGGGGCGUUCUUGGUGGAGUCACUGGGAUCGUCACGAAACCUGUGGAAGGUGCCAAAAAGGAAGGUGCGGCUGGCUUCUUCAAAGGGAUCGGGAAGGGACUGGUCGGAGUGGUGGCCCGUCCAACUGGGGGCAUCAUUGACAUGGCAAGCAGUACCUUCCAAGGGAUCCAGAGGGUGGCCGAAUCUACCGAAGAAGUGUCCAGCCUGCGCCCCCCUCGUCUCAUCCGUGAAGACGGGGUCGUCCGGCCCUACGACAGAGGCGAGGCAGAAGGCUGUGACUUGUUUGAGAAUGCCCACGUCAAGAAGCUGGAGGCAGAGAGUUUCCAGCACCAUUGCCCAGUGCCCGGAAGCAGGAGGGCCCACCUCAUGGUGACCAGCAGGAGAGUCAUGUUAAUGAAAGAAGUGGAGAUCCUGGGGCACAUGAGCACGGAUUGGGAUUACUUGUAUGAAGAUUUUACACGCCCGCCCACUGCAAACGGCAACGUCCUGCAAAUCUUCGUUAGGAACCGAGGGAUGCUACCGUUCCACAAAAAAGAGAGUUCGGGGCAAGAGUUAAUAAAGAAAAUCCGGCUCACAGAUGCAGCUGCAGCAAAGAGAAUGUGUCAAGCCAUCGACGCGGCUGAAGCCAGCAGGCACCAGCAGACGUUGGUGAAGCAAGCGUCUCUGAAGAGAAGUGCAUCCAAGACGUGAUUGUGACAACGGACGCCUUCGCUUAGCCGGUCUUUAUGAACAUGUCUUUUUGGGGAACAAUCAGGGCACGUCUGACGAUUCUCGGCCUGGGCUUGCGAGCUUUGGAACUGUUUGAGCCAGCCCUGGUCUCACCCUCACUGCAUCUAGAUUUUGGAUUGAUUGCGUGUGUACGUCUGUAAAAUCUUGACAAUCAAGACCCCGAAGAAGAAAUUCUGAGAUUCCUUCUGCUUUGAAUUUCCCUUAUAAUAAAUUAAUCAAAAUUCAUUUCUGCUUCCUUUGGCAGAAAAUAAGUUUUCACUUGGAGUAAGUUUCGUACGUCAACAAAAUUGAUCAAAGGUCCAUCCGAUCUAUUCGGAGAUAGAUUUUUUUAACGCAGAAGACUCAUUUUUCCUCCCAGUCCAGGAGCUGGUGGAGUGAGUCACUUGUGCAGUUGUAAUCAGGGGCACAAGUUCUUUAUCCUUGUUGGUCAGCAAAUAGUGCCUAAUUAUGUUAAUUGCUCAUGUUUAGAUUUAUGUGAUAUGGAAAUGAAUGUUUGGCUUAGAAUAUAAUCCUUUCUUCAGAAAUGAUCAGCACAAAAUUUCCACUAGAUACUCCAGUGACAAAAUAUAUGGAAAAAUACGUAGUUUUAAAAAAAUGAACUGACUCAGGGUCAUGGCACAUCCCGUGCCCCGAACGCAGCGGCUUAAAGCCCACGCUUGUCUACUCCGGCCGACUGACAGGAUGCCGUUCGGUCAGCUCCCUCGUCUCUCUCUCCUGAGACCGAGUCCAGCGGAUUUGAGGUAGCAGUUCAAGAACACCCGUGCGCUUGCUGGGGAUCACACCCCGAGGGGUGCAGCUCCUCUGAGAAGGAACCCCUCCGGCUCUUGCCGCUGGAUAUUCCUGCCAGAGUCCUCUUUCAAGGCAAAGUGGUGAAUCAAGUACUUCUGCUGCCACAUCUUUAUACAUGAAGGCAUUUCUGCUUAACAUUCAGCACGUCCUAAGCCCGAUUAUUUGUUUUUUGGCGACGCUCUCUUUUUGCACACUCGUUUUAGUCAGCACCUUCACUGUUACUAGUAACAUGCUAGCAUUGACAUUAACAUGGCCAAAACUGGCGAACGAUAUUAGCACGUUGAUAGUUUCAGCACGUCCAACUUACAGCCCUUAAUAAUAAAUCCAUCAGUGCCAAAGAGUUUGAAGCAAAGAAGAUAACAGAUUUGGGUGCCAGCAGUUUCAGUCAAAUUAGGGGAUAAUAAUGGCCUCAGGCGAAAAAUAAAUAGCACAAACUGUUAUUCAUAAAAUAAUAUUAGGUUCUGAUUUAGAAUUGUAAACAAGGCCAAAACUAUUAUGUCUAGGUCAGAGUUUACAGGUAGAAGUCUUCAAACUUACCUUGUUCAUUCAGGGAGUUUGGCUAGUGGUCACAUAAAAUGUACUAUUUUCUGUGUUUACUUUUGUUACAUAUAUAAUAUAUAAUACUGCCAAAUAAACAUAUUUUAUAUGCAA